AGUCGCAAAGGUUUCUCUAUCUCGAAGCAAGGAAAUGCACGUGGUACUAUCUCUUUGGUUACUUUCGAAUCGGCGUAUCGUAUGCAUGACAAAAAUCUGAUACCUCCCAACUUUCCCUUCCAGGAGCCAGAAGAUAAGCUCAACAUAAACCAGUCCAUUCCUCAGUCCCUCUCUUUUCCGUGGUAUCAUCUACCGCUCGACCGACAUUCCCAACGUUAAAAACCCACCUCCGUUUCCAUUUGCGGUUUCCACCUUGUCUACACACCCUCCUUUCCCUGAUAGAUUUACGAGCAAGUGUGCAGAGUCUUUUUAUGGCGCUGUCUGAUGCGGUGAUAGGGAAUCUUACGACGAUCUACGUGGCGGUGAUAGCGGGAAUUAAGGCUUACGGGCUGGUCUGUGGAAGGAGCUUCAGUGGUGUAUUCGUGCUGAUUGUGUCUACUGCUGUUGUGAGUUUAAUCUUGAUUGGGACGCUGACGUGGGAUAUUUCUCGUAAAGCCAUGUAUGCGAUUUCCCAGGAUCGUGUCAAUAAUGUUCAUGAGAUGUGCAAAGGCGGUAUUUGCUGGCACGGUGUCGCUGUCCGGUCGCCCGCUUCUCAGGUUAGGUUUAGACUCCCUCAGCGCUAGCAGCUAUGUCAAGCAAUACGGGCUUUUCUGUAAAAGGGCAAAAACAGUAAAAGACAAAUAAGGAGGAGGAGAAUAAAGGAGGGGGUUUGAAAAAGGUUAGAAAGAGACUUUUUUUUCUUGGUUUUUGGUGUGUUUAGUUGGGGAUUGUGGAGCUUUUUCCAUGAAAAGGCGUGAGCCACAAGGUGUUUGUUUGUUUGCCUGAGGGGGAAGGGGAAUACAAGAAUGUGCAUGGAUAAUUUAAACAAGUGAUGAGUAUUUUUAUUUUUGUGUAUAAAUAAAAAUGUCUCGUACUCUUCUUCUCUUGUAA